AUGCCGCCCAAACAGCCCCAAACAUCGCUGUUUCAAGUUUAUCUCCGGUUACGGCCCCCGAUGACCCAAAAGCACAGUGAAUCGGACCGUUUUUUGAAUGUUGAGCCACCAGAGGCUUCGCAGGAGGAAACAGAGAUCGUCCCGCCGGGAUCAACACAUAUUACUCUUCAACCACCAAAUGAUACGAGAAAGCGCGCCAUCGAGAGGUUUGGUUUCACAAAGGUCUUCGAGGAGGCUGCCUCGCAACUAGAUGUCUUUCAUGACACUGGAAUGGAGCCCAUCAUACGCGGAGUGCUGAAGGAGAACCGAGAUGGACUAGUCGCUACCCUGGGAGUCACAGGCAGCGGAAAGAGCCACACUAUUUUAGGAUCCAAGACUGAACGAGGAAUGACCCAAAUGGCACUUGACGUUAUCUUCCGCUCCCUAGAGUCCGCAAACAAGACCGAGGAUGGUAGCAUUACCCCCGUAAUGCUUGCUUCGCUGGCUGCCGCAGACGCUUCUGAAGCCCAAUUGUUCUCCGCACAGACAUUUUUGGAAGCCGUAUAUGGCGAGCCAACUGGGCGUACGUCGAGAGCGCAAACACCCAUGAGUCCAUCUCGUGCCAAUACUCCUUUGAUGGUACGAAGCCCCUCUAUCUUGAACUCCCCCAUGGAUCCCCAAUCCGGCGACCGCGCACCCCUGGAUCGCUCCUCCCAAGGCCGAUAUCUCAACCCGGAAGCCCCCGAACCCACUCCUGCCUUGAACUUCCCCCGCCGUCACAUACGUGAACGACCCUGCGCCCUUCCUAGACUGCCCGAUAUGAGCCACCUUACUGUGGACAUGGAUUCAAAUGCCGACUAUGUCGUUCUGGUGUCAAUGUAUGAGGUAUACAAUGACCGAAUUUUCGAUCUUCUGUCACCCUCUAUCGUCUCAGGUCAAGGCACAAUGUCCCGUGGGAAUAAUCAGAAGGAUCGACGACGUCCCUUGCUCUUCAAGCCUACCGAGGGCUCACCAGAUCGAAAACUGGUUGCCGGCCUACGCAAAAUUGCUUGUAGUAGCUAUGAGGAAGCAUUGGCCAUUCUGGACGUUGGAUUAACCGAACGCAAGGUAACUGGUACUGGACUGAAUAGCGUUAGCUCUCGAAGCCAUGGCUUCUUUUCCCUGGAAGUGAAGAAGCGGACAUACUCCAAGCGAACUGGUGAACACAACUGGGCUGGAAACACCCUCACUGUUGUGGAUCUUGCUGGCUCCGAGCGCGCGAGAACGGCAAAGACGGCCGGUGCCACACUCGCCGAGGCUGGUAAAAUCAACGAAAGCUUGAUGUAUCUCGGCCAAUGCCUGCAGAUGCAAAGCAACAUACAGGAUGGAAUGAAGACUGCUCUGGUUCCUUAUCGGCAGUGCAAAUUGACCGAGCUUCUGUUUUCAAAUUCAUUCCCAUCCUCUCAUCAGAUGUCCAGAGGCCAAUAUCCCCAAAAGGGUAUCAUGAUCGUCACCGCUGACCCUGUGGGUGAUUUCAACGCCACCUCCCAAAUUUUGCGUUACUCCGCAUUAGCCCGUGAGGUUACCGUUCCUAGAGUUCCCUCGGUCUGUGGAUCUAUCUUGUCUGUCGCUUCUGGUAGUCACCGCUCAGUCAGUGGCUGCACUUCGCCAAAUUUUGAGUCAAAUGGAGAGCCCGAGAGAGCUACUGCUGAGAUCACACGCCUCACACACGAUUGUCACGGCCUUGCUCUCAAGCUAGCCGAAGAAGAGAUUGCACGGGCUGAUGUCGAAAUGAGAUUGAGGGCUGCUGAAGAAAGAUGCCUCAUGAUCGAGCAAGAUGUGCGAGAAGAAUGUUGGGCAGAGAUGGAUGAGAAAACGGAAGAAGAAAGGCGACGCUGGCAGAGGGCAUGGGAUGAGCAGAUCGGUCGCAAUGAUGAGCACAUCGACAAGAAGGUUGAGCUUGUAUCCCGUGGAUUCCAAAUCUUUGAAGAUUCGGGGUCGAAUGAACGAGUGGAAGAGCUCGAGCAAGAAAAUGACCAGCUCCGCCGCAAACUCGCUGCUCUUGAGCGUGAGAUGCACAACCAAUCCCCGACAAGAAAGCAUAGAACAAAGAAUGCCACGCCCGCGCGGUCUAAUCAUCUCGGCCGCGAGAGCGAUAUUGAGAACGCGUUGCAACGCAUGGAUCAAUUGAAGCUCGCGGAUACCAUGUUUGCUCCUCCAUCGCCAGGAGCCUCGCCUAUCAAGAAGACGAGGAAGAUGGGAACCCGGAAAUGGGACCUCGCCCCAGAGGACCAGAUCUAA